GUAUAUUAAUUUUAAGGCCUUUUGCAUGAGUAUUGAACGCCCGAAGUUUCUUCACGUAUCGAAAAAACUUUUCCAUAUUUGGGAGGUUGCUGGAAAUUGUUCUGUCCGAUGCAUUAAUGGAUGAAUCGUGAGGUCUGACGAUAACACAGUGGUCAUCCACAGGGAAAGGACUAUUGUAUUCGUUACCGUUAUGUACUUCUUGUUCGUUCAAAGGUUUACAGACAUCCGUAAGUAGCUGUUAUUGUGUGAAAUAAUAACAUUGGAAGUUAAGCAAAAUGGGGAACUUCUACCAUGUGCUGAGUGCGCUGUGUAUAUUAUGCAUAGUGUUAAUUGAAGGAGAAUUUAUCGAAAUGUCUCAGUACCACCGUAUGCCGAAGCUGUGGCAGAUGGAUGAUUAUGACGAGUGUCUUCAAUCCUCUGGACCGAAUGAACCGGCCGGUGUGUACUGUACCAGUGCAGUCGUACUGAAACCGGACAAUCGUUCCGAGCUUUGGAGAUUGAUCGAGGUAUACAAGAGGAGAUCAGUGAAGCAGACAUUAAGCUAUAUUAAUCCCGUUUGUAUUUUUUCUGUAGGAAUUCUCCAGCGACUAUAAGCGCCACUAUAAUCAUCAAGUGCUGAAAUGGGGCGUAUGUGUAAAAAAGUGUCAAAAAGCGAUCGAAAACCUAUCACCCCAGGCGAGGAAAGGGCUAACGGUGGAAAAGUUCCCGAUUGAUGUUAGGGUACGGUAAUUAUGACUUCGUUGGGAAAUAGCUGGGUGUAAUAAAUUCGACGUUUUUUUAUAGUACAAAUUCGAGGAUGGUAUCUUGGAAAAUGCUGCCACCGAUCGAGAAGUGUAUGCGGAUGUGAUGGAAAUUUGCAUCAACAAGGAGCUGAAUGCAACGUAUGGUUUGGUGGCCUACACAGAGAUACUGACGUGCGAUAAAUCAACCGAUGAGACUGUUAUAGGUAUGUGGGUGUGUCUCAAACUUGACAACUAAUUAAAUGCUCAUGAUUGGUACGUGAUUUUCCCGCUUUUAGAUGCACUUGAUAUCUCGUUCUUGAUUAUUCUUUGUCUGCUCGUAAGCUGCGUGAUCCUUUCGUCAUGGUACGACAGCUCGAUCAACUACAAACUCAGCUCGGAACAUUACAAACAAGCGCUCGAUAGUAAACGUAAGAAUUAAAUGUAACGUUCAGUUGAAUAUCUCAUCGAUAUAAUAUUCCUUUUCCAACUAAGGUAAAAUGGUUUGGGUGUCGUUCUCCAUACAGCGCAACUGGUACCGAUUAACGUCCCGUGCGCGAGAUGAAACGCAUCAAAAGCUACGCUGCUUUCAGGCAUUUCGAUUUAUCAUAAUGUCACUCGUUAUCUUUGGCCAUGCCACCCUAUUUCUUGACGUCAUACCGACCACCAAUCCGGAAGAGGUGGAGAAAGUAAGUAAUCUUUUAUUAGUAUUGAAACUCGUAGUAGAAUGUUCUUCUGCUGGACUGAUCGAUUUUUCGCUUUACGCCUUUGUUUACGCAAGAUGAGGCAUAAUAUCGUUAGCAUGCUUCUCAUGAACGGUGGGCACAUCACGCAUGCAUUUCUCGCGAUGAGUGGAACACUGCUGGCGAUACAGGUUAUGAGUUUGGCGGAAAGACGAAAGGGUCGUGUGAGCUUCUUUUACAUUCCGGUGGCAAUGCUCUAUCGAUACAUCAGGUGGGUAAGAAUUAAAGGAAAAUCUCAUUACAGGGUUUUAGGACUGUAAUUUUGAGUAGCUCCACAAUUAUUGCUUCCCCGCUCACUGGGUUUUUGAC